UCAGCUCUUACAAAACGAUAUUAUCUUUUCUCUCCCAUUUCUCUCUUCUCAUUUUCCCUUCGGCGGACCAAAAAAUCAAAGUGCCUAUCCUCAAGGAAAUGGAUAAUAGAGAUAUGGAUAACGAGCCAAUCCUUCGUAGGAAUAAGGUUUUAAUACUUGUAGGUGUUUGUUUUCUCUUUCUAUUGGUAGGGAUUUUUGCUAAGCACAAUAACCCCAAGUCAACCAAAGUUGAAAUUGAGAACAAGAUGAUUGGGCCUCUCAUCCCAAUGAGUAAUGUGAUGAUUUGGAAGAGGACGAGGCGCCGUUUUUCGUUUCAUCAUCACCAUACUCAUAACUCUAUCAACUAUGUAAGCAAAAAACCUGUGCCAAGUAUGCCUAACCCCAGUCACAACAGG